AUGAGGGAGGAGGUCAACUGGUUCGAGAGAUGGGAGGAGGAGCUGCCGGCGCCGGCGGAGCUGAUGCCGCUCUCCCAAACCCUAAUCACCCGCGACCUGGCCCUCGCCUUCGACAUCAUCCCCCCUGGCGGCGACCCCCUUCAACCUCUUCCUCCCUCCUCUGCCCUACCGCCGCCGGGGCCCCAGGAUCGCCGUGGAGACCACGACUCGCCGGAGACCGGCGGCGCCGGCGGUGUGGAGGACCCGGCCACCCGCACGGUGAAGAGGCCGCGGCUGGUGUGGACUCCUCAGCUCCACAAGAGGUUCGUCGAGGCCGUCGCCCAUCUUGGCAUCAAGAACGCCGUCCCCAAGACCAUAAUGCAGUUCAUGAACGUCGACGGCCUCACCAGAGAGAACGUCGCCAGUCACCUCCAGAAGUACCGCCUCUACCUCAAGCGGAUGCAGUCUAUCUCCUCCUCCUCCGCCGCCGCCGUCGCCGCCUCCGUCGGUGGCGGAGUUCUGGACCAGUUCAUCCCUUUCGUGCCGCCGCCGCCCGCCUUGCAGCAGCAGCAGCAGGCCCAGUUCUUCCACCACCGGCAUAUCGUCCACAUGGGCUCGCCGCCGAGUGGGGGAUUCGAGCUCGGAUUCCAGAGAAUGGUGGCGCCGCCGCCGGAGGCGGCUGGUUUCUUCCCCAAUGACCCGGAUUCAAGCGGAGACGCAGCAGAGAUAGGAAGAAGGAACGUCCUAACCCUAUUUCCCACCAGUGACGAUUGA